CGCUCCCUACGGGAUGUUCGGGGCGGGGAUGGGGGAUGUUCCCCCCGGGGUGCCGGUCCCCCCUCCCCGCCGGGCUGAGGAAGCGGAGGGAGCCGUGGAGUUGCUCUGCAUAUUAAUGAGCCGGGAGCGAGGGCAGCGGGAAGCGCUUUAAAGGAGGAGAAGGCAAGGCAGCGGCAGAGCGCAGGCAGCGCCGGGAGCCGCUCCGCCGGGAGCCGCUCCGCCGUCCCCUCCCUGGUGAGCCAGCCCCGGGACAGCGGGAUCGGGGGCACGGACCCCGGGCGAACACGCGCAUCAGCCCCGGCGUCUCCUUGGGUACCUGCUGUCUCACGAUGAAGCUCCUGACAGCAGCUCUGCUCCUGCUCUUCAUCGCGAUGUGCUUAGCCAGCGCGGAAGGCGUGAAGUGCAAAUGUUCAAGAAAAGGUCCUAAAAUAAGAUUCUCUAAUGUACGGAAGCUGGAAAUAAAACCAAGGUACCCAUUUUGCGUGGAAGAGAUGAUUAUUGUGACGCUGUGGACGCGGGUGAGGGGGGAGCAGCAGCACUGCCUCAACCCCAAGCGCCAGAACACCGUGCGGCUGCUCAAGUGGUACCGGGUAUGGAAGGAGAAAGGCAGGGUUUAUGAAGAAUAAGAGAAAGUGGUACAAGGAAUGGAGUGGACUCCCUCGGCUGGCAUAGGACUGAGCUCUACAGAAGAUUAUUUCUCUCUCGCAGACAUAAGACACAAAUUCUAUAUUAUUAUAAAGCACUUUUUACCAAGGGUCAGUUUUUACAUUUUAUAGCCGUGUGCAAAAGGCUUCCAGAUUUCACAAGCAUCUGUUGCACUUCUGAUUUCAUACCCGUCUGCUCCGUACUGAAAUUAGGAAAACACCUGCUUUUCGUUUUAAAGAAGUUCUUUUGGGAGUUUUUUGGUUUUAAUUGUGAUUCAUUCAUACUUCACUAUGAUUGCAAUCGAGCUUUAUAAGCUCACUAGGCAAACAGAACUGUUCGUGAUGGCGUUGUGCAGCCACGGCAGUGGCAAAGCUUCGGGCUGGGGCUGCUGCUCGUGUCUGCAGCUCCCGCCUCAGCCAGGCAGAGCAGGGACCAAAGACGAGUUUGCUGGGGAAGAUGCCGCUAAAAUGCUGUGGCUGUACCUGCAGCAGUGAGGUCCCUCAGCACCUCGUCAAGUGAGCGUGAGCAUCACUUGUGUACCUCUUCUUUAAUGGACUUGAGGUCUUGCUGCAAGGCGAAGCGUCCUGUAUCUCCCAUUUAACCUCUCAUGCAUUACAAAGCAUUUCUAACUCGUUUUUAUUACUAAGAAAAUGUGUAUUUUUUUUUCCACCUGAAGCACUUAAAGAAAGUUCAUGGCUUCAGUACUGAGACAUCCUAAGCUUCAAGACUAUUGUGUAUGUUUUCCUAGAUUUGUAGCAACAACAAAAAAAAGUCUUUAAAAGGUACCUUUUUAUGAAAAAUAUGAUAGGGCAAACAUAUAAAUACGUAUGUAUGUUUUAGUCACAAUACAACAUAUUCAUUAUUUUGAAUGUAAUACUUCAAUGUUAAGCAGUGCAUUCCUCUUUUUAAUAUAACAAAACUACCUUUUCAUUUGUAAAUACACUAUAGGAAGUCUCCCUAUAUUAUCUCGCUGUAUAAUGUACUGUACUGCUAAAUUAUCAUAUGCUAUUUAAAUGUUUGAAAUAUUUAGAAAGUUGCAUGCAGAUUUCAUAUUUCUUUCUAAGACAAAUGAAAAAAAAAGUAAUAAAAAAUAUUUAAAAAAAGAA